AUGAAGGUUUUAUGUGUGAUGGUUUUAAGUGUCGUGCUGGCCGUUGGAGCGCAAACCUUGGCCGGUCCAAGCCAUGACAAGAAAGUCGUCUGCUAUAUAGCAUCAUGGGCUGUGUACAGGCCAGACCCCGGCAAAUUCAACCUGGAAAACCUGGAACCGGCGCUCUGCACUCAUCUGGUGUACUCUUUCGCUGGACUCAAUGAAACCACAAAUACUAUUAAAAGCUUAGAUCCAUGGCAAGACCUAGAAACAGACUAUGGCAAGGCUGGAUACAAGCGGUUGGUAGGCCUUAAGAAGAAGUAUCCUCAUUUGAAGGUCACCUUGGCUAUUGGAGGAUGGAACGAAGGGUCGCCUAAAUAUUCCAAUAUGGCGUCCAAGCCAGAAAGCAGAGCUGCCUUUAUUAAGAGCGUCUUGUUGAUGUUGAACAACUACAAAUUCGACGGCCUAGAUUUAGAUUGGGAGUAUCCAACUAAGAGAGACGGAAAACCAGCCGAUAGAGAGAAUUUCGUCCAACUUGUGAAGGAACUCUCUGAAGCUUUCGAACCCCACGGCUACAUUAUCACAGCAGCUCUCGGCGCUGGAAAAGAAACCAUGGACUCAGCUUACGACCUCAGCAAACUGAGCAGAUACCUGGACCUGUUACACAUUAUGUGUUAUGAUUACCACGGAACGUGGGACCGAGUUGUUGGUGCCAAUGCGCCGCUCAGGGGUACCAGCGAAGAUGAUUUUCUGAGUGUUGAAUACACAGUAGACUACAUGUUAUCCCAUGGCGUUUCUCCCUACAAAAUUGUAUUGGGUCUACCAAUGUACGGCCGUACGUUUGUAUUGACGGACCCUAACACCACUGUGGUGAAAUUCGGCACAACACCGGCUAAGGAAGCUGGGUUUAAAGGACCCUACACUGGGGAGGCUGGAUUCAUGGGGUACAAUGAGAUUUGCGCAGAAUCGAACAACAAGUCUUCUCCAUGGGUCUACCAUUGGGAUGAACAGUCCGCAACUCCGUACCUUCGCGAUGGAGAAAGAGUUAUUGUCUAUGACAACGGCAGGUCCAUAGCCGUUAAAGUCAAAAUGGCGAUGGAGAAAGGACUUGGAGGUUUGAUGGUGUGGAGUAUAGAUACGGAUGACUUCAAGGGCAAUUGCAAUGAGACUGACGCGUAUAUAGACUUCGUGGAGAGGUACCAGGCGAUGGCCGAUGAUCCUCUGCUGAAGAAAGCUCAAGAAAACCUUAAUUUACUUGAUGUCAACCUCGUCCCAUCAAAAGGACCUUCAUACGUACUAAAAGAUAACAGAUUACAUCUUCGACUCCCACAACCGAAGUACUCCAACUACGCUCUAAUGCAGACUAUCAACGAUGCUAUCUCACUAUCACUAGAAGAGAAGAGAAUAGAAGAUGAGAUGGCCAAGGUAUCGAAGGAGAAUGAGAUCGAUACUGGUAAUCCCAAAAAACCCAAUAAUGGCUCUAGUUUGAGAAUGAGUGUGUUGUGUAUGCUUGUUUGUAUCAGUUCGUUAUUCAGGGUUUAUUUUUAG